GAGCAUUGUUAGCUUAGUCUAUUUUUUUUCAAAUUUUUCUGAUCGUAACUUUUUGAUUUUUGUCUUGGACGCAAAUGCGUCGUUAACGACUUCCUGUCUCCAAAAGUCGACAAAAGUUGAUGGGUCUCCUGGAGCUGGUGGCCUCAAACAUUGUUUUGCGAAUCGUUUGGUUGCUGAGUGACUUUGUGCUGCUAGGAAUCUUCAACUUCUUCAAGAGAAGACUUCAACAAGUAAAAAAUGGCGUUCCUGAGCAUGCUGGUGCUGCUGAUCGUCGGUGUUGUGGCUGCUGGGGCAGACUGUGGUCCAGAAGAUGGCGUCUUCAAGUGCCGGGACGUUUGCGGAGAGGAGGUGCGGGACGCCGGCGGCUACGGACGUUGGGUGACAUUUGUUGGGUCGACGCUGUUUUUGGACUGCGUUUGCCCGGCUGAUCUCAAGGAGGUGAAGCUGGUGUCGCCAACUGUCUGCGUCGGGCGUUGA